AUGCCGCAAUUUAAAAGACAUAAAAGAUUAAAGCGAAUAUCUUCGAAGCAGAAAUUUGGUGUUCGUUAUCUGCAUCAGCACUUAUUUAAAGACGAACCGACGAGCGAAGAAGAUUCCGCGGUCGAAGAUAGCCAUCAUUUUAUACCACAGAAAACAGAUGGCCGCUUGUGUUUUGUGCGCGCCAUUUCCGGUUUGAUGCUUCUGGCCGGGCUUGUACUUGCGCUCGUUGGAGGUCUGAUGAAGAGGCGGGAAAUUGACUACCGGGUACAUAAAGACGGGGACGAAGAGCCGGUCGGAGAUGCGGUGCAGUAUAAUUCAAUGUUAGACGCUCUUGUCUUAAUCGGAAGCGUUUUAAUGAUGCUGGGCGGUGUUAUGCUCGCGGCCGUACAGAUUUUGAUUUGUUACCCGCGCAUGAAGUCAGGUACCAGAAAACCGCGUGUAAAAGACCCCGAAAACUUCUUAUACCCGGAGAAAACAAGCGAAAGUGAAGUGGCUGCUAAGAAAUUUGAUAAAGUGCCCGUGUAUGCAUUGGUUCAUAAAGUACAGCCGAAGAAAAAGAACGGGAAUAAAAGGACGAAUCUCAGCAUAAAAAAACAAAAAUUUAAAACAUCCAUCGAUGAGGAACAGCAUGAACAGGAUAAUUGA